AUGGAAAGCGUGGAGUCAAUCGUCACGGAACUGCAUGAACUCUAUCAACGAAGGAAGUGGUUGCGUGACGAGUUGAUGCAAGGCAGGAUAGUGGAAGAUGGUUUUGGGGACGAGCUGGAGGAUGAAAUACAACAUGCCAAAAGGCGACUGCGCACAGCAAUGGCCGGCGAGGUACACAUCCCGGCGCUCAAGUUCAUUGUAAAAAAGAGAGACCCGGAAAAGGAUUUCAGGAAAAAAGAAUUGAACUCGAACCUUCAAACUAUGUCACUCACCGCUCAUUCCGGCGUCAAGGUCGUUCGUAUUCAACGGGGACCUGCCACUCUCAUCGAGAUGCCGCGGCACGAUGAUUUUUUGAAGCCAGGUGAUGUGUGCUGGGUGAUUCCGAUUGUGGCUGCUAUAAAGAAGCUGACGGGGGAUCUUGAACAGGACAUUCUGGAUGCUUUCAACGACUUCUUCACUGUCACUGAAGAUGAGGAGGACGGAAAAGUUUGCUUCAAAACUGAUGCUCAGGGAAAAGCUACAGCACUGGGCGAGUUUGUGAACCUGUUUUGCUAA